GUCUUCCUCCCACCUUGGUUCCAGCAAAAUAAUGUGGUCAUUUCACUGUACUUUCUGCUGACGUCUUCUAUUCAUUCCCUCGCCUACAGUGUUUUAUGUCCUUCUCUUGCCGUUCUGUUCUCCGUUUCGCAGUCUCCACACUGUGUUGAUUCCACCAUCAGCGGCGCCACUCAGCCAACACCUUCCUGCCACCAUGCAAUCACGGCCUUGAUAUGUAUUCCAUUGUUCACUGAACAUUUCCACAGCCUAUUUUUCCCCCUUCGUUGCCGAAACCAGCCUUCACCAUGCGGGCAUCCAGCUUAGCCAUCAGCAUCAUCUGCGGGCCUGUCGUCUGCGUCUACGUCGCCUUCGCAGCAUGCUUCUGUCCUGGCCGUUUGCAUCGACAUUCCGAGUCCGAAGAUAAAAAGCGAUUUGAACGUCGGCAGAAGAUGGCGCCACGGCCGCUCCCUGUUCGCCCGCCCCAGCGACGCCUCACCAUUCCCGUCGCGCAAUCGGCUGCGCCGGAGAAGACAGACUGCUGCGCCGAGUCGAGCCGUGGGCACACGCUGGACCAGAGUCAAUCGCGGCUCUUGCGGCUCCCUUUAGAACUCCGGGAGAUGAUAUACCGAUAUGUGCUAGGAGACAGCACAAUGCAUAUGAUUUUGAAGGAACAGAGGCUCGGCCACUUGAGGUGCAAAGCCCCGAGUGCUGUCGAAUGUCCUCUCGGCUACAAUGGCCUCACUUUGAGCCGGGAGUGUUGUUGGGGCACCGUUGACAGCGCCAACAUAUGGGCACCGAUGAGUGGUGUCAUGGAACCUACAGAUGGCAAUAUCCUUCCUCUACUGCGCUCCUGCAGGCAGGUAUACUCCGAAUCAAUCCAAUUCCUCUAUUCGACCAACACCUUUUCCUUCUCCGAUCUCGACUGCUUACGCUACUUCUCCUGCACUACUCUCCCGCACCGCUUUGACUUGAUCCAAACCAUCGAUCUCGAGUGGUGCAUGUCUUGGCCUAUCUACGACCCCAUCGCACAACAACUUCUCCUCAACAACCCUGCUCUCUAUCCUCCGAACGACGAGGCGACUUGGGAAGAGACUUGGCGGAUAAUCGCCAACAUGCCCAAUUUGAGCUUCAUCAGGGUCAGUCUGUUAUACUUUGACGGCUUCAGGGAUCCAACAUGUGAAAGCAAGAUGCUGGCCCCUUUGCGGAAUGUCACGAGACCCAGAAAAUUUGAGGUUCAUGUUAGCUGGAGUGGGGAUGAGGUUGUUGAUGCGCCAUUUCAGUUGAUAAGGCCGAUACAUCCGGACCCGAGUUCAGAUGAUGACGAUUCUUGGUGAAUUCCACGCCAUUGUCCCCUUCAAUUGCCUUUCUUCAAUGUAUCAAGGUGUACAUAUUUCUUUACCGGCUAUUCGGCAGGUUCUUCAGCAUGGCCCUUCGACCUAAGGCCAUGUAGUUAGCUCGAUUUUCACACUUUUUCCAUGUACAUCUUAGAAACACGAUCAAAGCUUCGGGCUGCUUCACGCGGGCAUGAAAGUGACGGACCUUUGAGUACGAGGGAUCUUACAGAUGUACGAUAAACGUAUCGUCUUUUUUUUUGGAUCAAGGGAGGGUUCUUUUAUUUCCGGUUCUGCAUUCAACUAGGCUUCUCAUUUUUAUAUCUUCUAGAUGACAACUAUCUUAGGGCAUAACUAGCGUGACAACCCGUUAAA